AUGAUCGGGAUGAUGUUAACGAUCCAGUUACCAAUGAUUCGAUUGGCAAAUUCAAAAUUAGUGAAUCCCCUGUCAAAGGCCAGCCAAAUUAUAGUUACUUUACUGAAAAACAGACAAGUCCGACAGACAGAUUCUCAUCGACGUCUGAGAUCGAGGAAUCCUCUGGUGGAAACGAUAGUGAGGUCCUGAACGACAGGGAUCGAAAUGCUCACCCAUUUGCCAUUCAAGAACAAGAGGAUGAUACAUCCUCGAUUUCCGAUCAUUUCCGAUUUCUGGAAGAUGAAUCUGAUUCAGAACAAGGGGAUGGUACAUCCUCGAUUCCCGAUCAUUUCCGAUUUCUAGAAGACGAAUCUAACAGGUCUUCCGUCGUUCUGUCCACAGAGCCUUCAGAGCAAGUUGCCAUUGAUAUGGACCAAAUUCAAUUGGGAGUGAGUGAAGAGUCUUUACCUGAUAAAGAUGAUCAACCGUCCACUAUGUAUGUUCAUCUUCAUAUUACAAAGGAAAUGCUUGAAGAGUUCAGAGAGGAACAGGACCGUCUGGCAUCGGAAGAUGAAGCCAUUGUGCAGGAUAUGAUAAGAGAAGAAGAAAGGCGCAAGAAAAUGAAAAAGAAAAUGAAGAAGAUGAAGAAGAAGGAAUUGAAGAAAUCCUCAAAGUUGGAACAACUGUUUGAAACACCAGAACAUGAGGACUCGGGGAUUGAUCCCGAAUUCGAAUCAACAUCUGUUAACGACGUCGUAAUUGACGUCAAUGGGAGCGUUUCUUCGGAAAAUGGGCAAAUAAUGACGAAAGAUUUACUGCCAGGUAUAACUGAAGGUAUGGGCACCUCUGAAGGAGAACCCGAGGGUGAACAAAAAGAGUCAAACAAAGACGACCAAGAAGAAAGAGUCAAAAUCAGCAGAUACCUACCUCGAAUCAAGAAAAAACACGAGGCGAAUGUUACCUUGGGAUUUAGAAUAUUCUACCUCUCCAUGAGUAUUGGGCUUGUGAUUGGACUAAUGUUGGUAUUCUAUGUCUUAAACGUAAGACUAGUUCGUGUUGGAAUGGGGACGCUACCCUGGGCGCAAACUGUCUAUGGACUUGUUACAAUGUCUCAUUAUAUCUCCGAAUCCUUUUUCGCAAUAAUCAAUAAGUACAAGAUGAGCAGACUGGGCAGAAAAGUGCAAGGCUUGAAGAGGGCAAAUUUCAGAUGUGAGGGCAAAGUGGCGUUGCAGAUCGUUGGUUAUAGAGAGGACCCCGCUUAUUUCCGUAACUGUAUUCUCACUGCCCGUGACUGCGCUGGUCCCAUUUAUGUUGUGAUCGUUGUUGUUGACGGCCACGAAGAAAGGGACGCUUACAUGGCGGAAAUCGUCACAGAGGUGUUUGGACCGGAUGUGACGAUGCAAAUAAUUCUCGAUGAGCUAGCUGCUAACAUUGAUGAAGACGCCUGGCAGGAUUUGGUUGUCAAACCUGUAGCUGAGUAUUUAGGGGAUGGCAGCGAAUAUACUGGUGCGAUCCGGGAAGAAGACGAGGAAAUUACGUACAAAGUUCUUGCUAUUCGACAACUCCACGAAGGGAAACGCUCCGCAAUGCAUUGUGCUAUGAGAUUGUUGAUCGAUCUGGGGUUGGAUUAUAUUAUGAUGACUGAUUCUGAUACCCUCCUUGACCCAGACUGCAUCGCUCAUUUGUCAAAUUUAAUCGAGUCUGAUUCCAGUCUUGGUGCUGUUACGGGUAAUGUCGGGAUCUUCAAUGCUAAUGAGAGCCCUAUCUCUUAUUUAAGCGCAGUUAAGUACUGGUACGCUUUUAACAUUGAGCGUUCCGCCCAAAGUUUGUUUGGAGUGGUCUCUUGCGUGUCGGGACCACUGGGACUAUACCGUGCGAAAGAUGUUGAAAAGGUGCUACAUGAGUGGUAUUUUCAAAAAUUUCUUGGAGUGCCGUGCACUUACGGAGACGACAGACAUCUUACGAAUAGGAUACUCUCUCUGGGGAAAAAUGUAAAAUUUACACAUUUAGCAACUUGUACUACGGAAACACCGACAAAUAUGAUCCGAUGGAUUGUCCAACAAACACGAUGGACGAAGUCAUUCUUUCGUGAACUUGGCUUUAACUUGAUGUGGGCUUUCAAAGUUAAUUUCUAUCUCACGUGGGUGUUAUUAUACCAAGGGAUUUACCCUUUCUUCGUAUUGGCAAGUAUCGUUACGCUGCUGUUCUCAAACUCAGCAAAUAGUAUUGCAACAUUAUUAGUUGUCAUGAUUCUUGUCAGCACAUUUAGGGCGGUCCUCGCCUUUGCUAUUGCUAAGCAACCGCGUCUGUUAGUCUACAUUAUAUACAGUUUCCUGUACGUUAUAUUUAUGAUUCCAACGAAAGUACAUGCAGUAUUAAUGCUGUGGGACACCGGCUGGGGCACAUCGAGUAGACUAACUGUGAAAAACGGAAAUCCUAUCCACCUUAUACCGAUGUGUCUCUGGAGUAGUCUAAUCGUCGGAGGUGUCACGUACAAUUUUAUAACAAAUCUGUUUCUCGAGUAAUCCAGUGUUUAUUGUCCCCAAGGGAUACAGUUCUCUCCAGUAUGGAACGCUAAGGUGUCCUCCAGUAGGUUCCCUAACCAAGUAUAAACUUAUCCAGUCUAGCUAUGAAGCCCCGAUUUAUGUAAUAAUUAAUAAAGAAAUCACACAUAGCUAGGCAUGAUAUAUAAAAUGUUUACCAAUUAGGACACAUUACUUACAAUAAAAUUCAUUCUUUAUUUCACAACAGAGUGAAUGGCUAUUUUCCGAAAAGC